AUGUUCAAGAAGCCACUCGCAGACGCAAAAACGAUUGCAUCUCUGCGCGGCUCUGAUCGGCGCAAGCUGAAGCAACGCGUCGUCGCCGACUUCGGGCUGCAACUAGAAGAGGGCGAGUUGCUCGUCCCUGAAGGCCUGCAAUCACAGAAGAUUAGCACCCAUCUGAAUGAGCCUGGCGUGGUGUACCUCUCCCAGGAAGGUGAUCCGCUAUGGUUCUCGUUAGGAAAAGGCACCGAUGGAGCAUUAAUACCAACAGUCUACACCCUAUGGAAAAAGCCAGACCUGCUACCCUUCCUCUCCACGCCAGCAGCGGUGGUGCCGAAGCUCACCGGCGGCGCCGACCUGAUGAUCCCCGGAGUCGUCCAGCACUCUGUCCCUUUGGCUGUCGACCAGCUCGCCGCUGUGACGCAAUAUCACCGUGACCGCCGUGGUCCGCCACUCGCGGUCGGGCGGAUGGCCGUCACGUCUGAUACACUGCGCGAGGCAGACGAGAAGGACAGGAAGGGGAAGGCGGUGUAUGUUCUCCACACGUGGAAGGACUGUCUCUGGAGUAUGGGCGUCAGCAGUAAGAUGGAUGUCCCCGAGCCGAGAGAGGUUCCGAGGCCUGAAACCGAGGAGGGGCCCAUUGUACAGCAGGAAGGAGUCGAUGCAGAGGGCGAUGACCUCGUCGAUGAAACUGCAAAGCUUCAGCUGGAGGACACUCCACAAUCCACUGGUGGACAGCAAGACAUUGCUGCAGAGCAAACUCUUGAGUCGGCGGAACCUGCCGCCGCUGUUCUGUCUCCGGAAGACGUCUCCUCGUGUCUGCGGAGCGCACUGCUGCAAGCCCUUCAAACCACGCUCUCGUCUCUACCACCCUCCACAUUCCCGAUAACAGCGUCGACGCUCUGGUCCAACCAUGUUCUGCCCGCGCGCCCAGUUCAGCCGCUAGGUGCAGGAGUACCUGUAGAUAUUGGCGUAAUGGACAUUAAGCAGUCGACUCAUAAGACAGUGAAGGUAUUCCUGAAGGCGUGCGCGAAGGAAGGCCUGAUUAAGCUCAAGGAGACAAAAGGUGACGUGGUCAUAACGGCGGUGUACCCGGCGCAUCCAGCCGUGGCAGGUCACAGAUCGCACAAGACUGUGCAGAGCGUCGAAGAGAAGAGAGGGAAGGCCGAGGAGCGCCAGAGGAAGGAGCAGGAGGCCGAGGAGAAACGGCGCAGCGAGCUACGCAUCGCGGAGCUGUGGAAGCCGCACGGACCCACGGUGGGCUGGUUCGUCGCCGCCGAGAAAGACACGUCGCACCUGUACUCCGUCGCGGACAUCAAAGAGGUCUUCAACGCGUACGUCGUGGUGAAGGGCCUCGUGAACGCGCAGGUCCAGCAGUACAUCAACGUCGGGCAGGACGACGCGCUCGCACAGGCGGUGCACGUCAAGGGCGAGGAGCAGGCUGAGUUCAUGAAGCGCGAGGACGCACUGCGCCAGAUCCGCGAGCACAUGCAGGUCUGGCACGAGAUCCGCACCGAGGGCGGCGAGCCCGUCACCAGGAAGGGCGCGGCGAGGCCGAUAAGCGUCGUCGUCAAGAUCAGGCAGGGCCGCAAGGCGUGCACGCUCAUCACGGGCUUCGAGACGUACGGCCUCGCCGCGGACGACCUCGCACAGGAGCUCAGGAAGGCCUGUGCCAGCUCAACUGCAGUCGAGCCGCUGCCGGGGAAGACGACGGACGUGGAGGUCAUGGUUCAGGGCAAGCAGAUCAAAGCCGUCACAGACUUGCUGGUCUCCAAAGGUGUACCGGCGCGCUGGAUCAAGUCGGAAGAUCUGAGCGCCUCGAAGAAGAAAUGA